ACAGAGAAAAAGAUGAAGACACGCUCUGCCUCUGAGACUUGGCUUCGAAAUCUGUCGAGACAUCGGCCAUUGUUUUCCCGCCCUAUAAAUCCAGUGUGCUUCCAAUCUCAGAUUGCAUCUAAUUAACGCAAACAGAAUAUAUUGAAUCUCUUUUCUUAAGUUGAAUUGAAUACGAUGUGUGAUUUUGAGGAAGAAUCAGCCGUCGCUUUGUCGGAUGAUCUCAAUGAAGAUGGGGCGAUUCAAUUGGAUUUCUCCUCGGCCAAAUAUGGGUGCAAGCAUUACAAAAGGAGAUGCAAAAUUAGGGCUCCUUGUUGUGAUGAGGUUUUUGAUUGCAGGCAUUGUCACAAUGAAGCUAAGAAUGAUCUCAAAAUCAAGCCGAUUGAUCGGCACGACAUUCCCCGCCACGAAGUGAAGAAGGUUAUAUGUUCGAUUUGUGACACAGAACAAAAUGUUCAACAAAAUUGCAUAAAUUGUGGAGUUUGCAUGGGGAAUUAUUUCUGUGACAAAUGCAAAUUCUUUGAUGAUGAUGUGGCGAAGAAACAAUACCACUGUGAUGAUUGUGGAAUAUGCAGAACUGGAGGGAUGGAGAAUUUCUUCCAUUGCAAAAAAUGUGGGUGCUGCUACGCGUCAUCCAUUAAGGGCACGCAUCGUUGUGUAGAGAGAGCGAUGCAUCAUAAUUGCGCAGUUUGCUUCGAGUACUUAUUCGAUUCAACCAAGAACAUCACUGUUCUACCAUGUGGACACACCAUACAUUUCGAAUGUGUUCGCGAAAUGAAGCUUCAUCACAGAUAUUCGUGCCCGGUCUGCUCUAAGUCAAUUGGCGACAUGUCAAGCGCAUGGAGAAAGCUCGAUGAAGAGAUUGCUUCGACUCCGAUGCCGGAGAUGUAUAAAGACAAAAAGGUUUGGAUACUAUGUAAUGAUUGUGAGGAAAUAUCUGAGGUGCCAUACCACAUUUUUGCAAACAAAUGCUCAGGCUGCAAAUCAUACAAUACCCGGCAAAUUCAAGGCGUUCCCGCCUCCUGUUGAGACCGGGCUACACUGCAUCGAUUCGAAAGCUCAUUAGGAAAUGAGAUGUUGGUUUAGGUUUUAUUAGUACUCCAUGUGUGUAUGUAUCUAUAAAUCUACUCUGGUAGGAUCAUGGAAUAAAUUAUCUAGCAAAAGGAGCAGAUUUUGUCUAA